AUGAGUAAUUCGCAGGAUCCUGCAAUCCCAUGGGACAAGGGCGUGGUAUUGUGGGUCGAUGCUGGGAACUACUUGCAUGCAAACCCGAGACGAUUCCUCGCGUCAGCGCUGGAGGAGUCUGACAUUGUGGCCCUACGCCUGAAGCAGUGCCUGGAAGUAGACUGGACAAGCAAGCUAACACUGGAGCGAAUGAACAUGUCUUCGAGGUAUGCCUUGACAGGCCGACCGCAGCUUGGGGCAUACUUCCUUGCCUUCAGAAAGACCAAGGCAGCCAUCUCUUUCGUCGAGGAGUGGCUGCAGCUGUCAGAGGAUCCGGAUACGUUGCUUGGCCUGGCCGUCCGCAACUUGAAUCAUCAUGGAGGAACUGGCACCUUGACUGGUGACAUUGUGGACGACGAGGUGCCGAGCUUCAUGACACAUCAAGCGGAUCAAAGCAUCUUCUCGCUGCUCUUCAAAAGAUAUGGCUUCAGAGCUAGUUCCUUGGAGGCGGGUCACACGGUGGUCACACUGGAUCGCUGGCGUGAAUGA